UAGGCGGUCGUAAGUUUUUUUUUUUUUUUUUUUUUCACCAUCUAUUUAAGAAUUGUAAAUAUCGCAUGCAAAAUUCUAUACUCUAAAUUGAUUAAAAUUUGAAAAAUGAUUCCCAAAUGAAUUAUGCUCUUGUUCUUCAUUCAUUGUGUUAUCCUUUAGUAAAAGAAAGCAUGGACUGGCAAGUGUCACAGGCGGUGAGCCGAAUUAUAAUUUUUAUAAUUAUUAUUCUUUAUUCUUUUUGUCUUUUUGUUUAAGUUUGAAACUUCUCAUAAUGUAGUUUGAAGAUAAUUUUCCAUUUCAAUAUUUGUAAAAUGCCCAAUAGAAAUAGAAAAUAUGUGGUCAACGUGACAAACACCUUUGGCAGUAUCAACAAUCUCAUUAUUUCCUUAUCAACGGUCGAAAAUAAAUUGCCUUUUUUUCAAUGCACAAACUCGUGAAUAAGUAACUUGCAAUGAGUUUUCUUGCGAGUGCCAGUGUUUAUAUUUACGCUGAAUAGUUACAACAAUUUGAAAUAAAGUAAAAAACACGAGUUUUUUAAAAUAGAUUAUUAUGUUGACGACAAGAAUAUAUCGAUUUUUAGUAAUUGUUUCUUCGGUUUUGAUUGGAGGACUUGGACAGCAACUGAGACUGGUCAAUAUCGUGUUUCGUCAUGGAGAUAGAGCACCUCUAACAGCCGACGGAGAGACUUUCCCCACGAGUCCAUAUCUGACAUCUAAUUUUCCACCGUACGGUCCAUCCCAGCUGACGAAUAAAGGGAGAAAACGCGCAUACGAACUCGGCAUUCACAUUCGCAAUCAAUACGAUCAAUUUCUGGGAGAUUUUUAUUAUCCCCCUCAUAUAAUCGCUCGUAGUUCAAACACUGACAGAACUAAAAUGUCUCUGCAACUGGUGAUGGCUGGAAUAUUUCCUCCAGUAAAUGAUCAGAAGUGGAAUCCAAAAUUAAAUUGGCAACCAGUUGUUGUGAAUUAUGAAACAUCACCGGAUCCACUACUGAAUCCCUUCAAUUGCACCAAGUAUAAAGAGGAACUUGAGAUGGUGGAGAACUCGUUAGACGUUCAAGAAGAGAAAUUACGAUACAAAGACCUUCUGAAGAAUCUCACAGAGUGGACUGGCAAAUCAUUCACUACCGGACAAGACUAUGAAAAUUUAUAUAGCUAUCUCACGGCGUUGUACUCCAUGGAAUUGCCCCUACCGAACUGGACCCGGGGGAUUUUCCCCGAAGGGGGUGUCAAGGAGCUCGCGCUUUUGAAUCUCAGGAUCAAAAGUUAUACUCAAAGAUUGAAAACUCUCAAUGGAGGGAUGAUUUUGAGGAAUUUCACUGGAAAUAUGCAGAAUGCAAUCGAUGAAACAGAACCCAAUGCUAAAAUGGUGUUAUUAAGUGGUCACGAUGAGAAUAUCGCUGGUCUUCUGAUAACCCUUGGGGUUUUUGAAUCCGAUCAUCCCCAGUACAGCAGUGCAAUAUUUAUGGAACUCCUGGAGGAUGAUGGAGAAUAUUAUGUCAGGAUCUCCUACUACCUGGGGAUUCCCGCAGAGCGCACCAGAAUAAUUAUUCCUGGAUGCAACGAAUUGUGUCCUUUCAAGAAAUUCGUCCAACUCUACAGUCAAUUAAUUCCCUCCGAGGAAGACAUGAAGUGCAUCUAAAAAUAAUAAUAAAACAAUAAUAAAAUAAUGGUAUAGAAAUAUAAUUCGAUAAUUAUCCCAGAAGAG